AACAGAAGUAACAAUAUAUUAGAUAUCAAUAACAUGGUGGAUAAUGGAUCGGAGGAAUUUAAACAUUUCGCAUCCAUUUAUUUCUGCAUCAAUUUCCCAGCCAAUAGGGAAGUGGUACAAUGACGCUCUUCCUAUUUAAAACGCGCAUGAUGACCCUUUGAUGAGACCGAGACGGCAAAGAAAGAGUUAAUUCCAUUGCUGUUGCACAAAAUAUCCCUCUGGAUUGUGUCGUCUGAUUAUGGGGAGGGAAGAUACUUGAGGAGAAGCAACAGAUCCUUUGGUGGAAAACAACCUCGCGCGUUCAUCUUCAAACCGAUUCCAGUCUGUGUUGCGUUUUUGCUCAAACAAGCAAUAGAUGGAAUGCUGGAUGCAGGCAUCAAAAAGAACAUUACACGCAUCUGUGCAGUUUGCUCCGCGUCUCUUUGAAACUAUAUUUCCUCUGGCUAAAUGGAUUUUGGCAUUUCAUUCAGUGUCGACGGAGAGUUUAGUUAACGAACGUGAGACAUUUGCGUAAUUUACUUUAUCCGUAAAGACUGAAUAAUUGCCGUGCUACUUGUUUACAAAUGCACCUUUAUUCAGGGAUUCUAAAAGACAUAGUUCUUAUUUGAUCAUUUCCGAAAACUACUCAUAGGUCGCAAAGUGUUCUGGACGAAAGGACCUGGUAUAGCUGGAAGCAACUAGAAGUAACUUGAAUGUUCCAAGGCUGUUGCUUCAUUUGGGACGAUAAUCAAAUUAUAGGCACCGUUCCACUGGAUUAUUUUCCCCUUCAAUUUUAUUUUACUGAUAUUUUGACAUUCGGAUUUCAUCAUCACUUUUCCAAAUACAGCGGACUAAUUACGUGUUCCAUUUACAAUUUAAAUCAUAUUUGUAAAAUAGUUUUUUUUUUUAUUCCAGAUUAUUCCUACAUUAAACUCGUGAGCUGUAAUGAAAUAUUAGCCUAUAGCGUCUGUGGUUAUUUUUUUCCUAUUUUAAACAGCAUCAUUUCUAUUAUGUCUGAAUGGACACAUGAUUCGGAUCAUAGCAACCCAUUAAUUUGAGACCUGACCUUUGUCACACCUUUCUUAGUGGAAUCACAGUGGAUUUAGUAGCAAAAGGGGUGUCAUCAAGUAAAACCAAAAAGAAAAGGGUGUUUUCAAAGGUCAGUCUUUCCGUCUAAAUCUAUGAUCAGCUCGGUGUGUGUUUCGUCUUACCGUGGGCGCAAGUCUGGCAACAAACCUCCGUCUAAAACAUGUCUGAAGGAAGAGAUGGCCAGGGGGGAAGACUCGGACAAAAUAGUCAUCAACGUCGGUGGCACGCGACACGAAACCUACAAGAGCACUCUUAGGACCCUCCCGGGGACCCGCCUGGCCUGGCUCGCCGAUCCCGACACCCAGGCGAACUCGGAUGCGGACACCGGCCAGGUCCCAGGAAACGAGUUCUUUUUCGACCGUCACCCGGGCAUAUUCGCCUACGUGUUGAACUAUUACCGGACUGGCAAGCUCCAUUGCCCGGCCGAUGUUUGCGGGCCAUUGUUCGAGGAGGAGUUGGCGUUUUGGGGCAUAGAUGAGACGGACGUGGAGCCUUGCUGCUGGAUGACAUACCGCCAGCACAGGGAUGCAGAGGAAGCACUCGAUAUAUUCGAACCUCCGGACCCGGACGACACCGACGAUGACAGGGAAUUGCCGAGGCGCUUUGGCAUCGAGGACUGCCCGGACAGAUCGCGGGGCUGCCGCCAAGUUUGGCAACCAAAGAUAUGGGCACUUUUUGAGGAUCCAUACUCAUCCAGAGCUGCCAGGGGCGUGGCCUUCGUCUCCCUCUUCUUCAUCCUCGUCUCCAUCACCAACUUCUGCCUGGAGACGCAUGAGGCCUUCAACGUGCUCAAGACGUACCCGGUGAACGAGAGCGUGGGCAACAGGACGGUGCUGGGCACCAGGAUGGAGCUGGUGACCGCACCCGCCCUCUUCCUGGUGGAGGGCGUGUGCGUGGUCUGGUUCACCUUCGAGUUCCUCAUGCGCGUCCUGUGCUGCCCGGACAAGCUGCUUUUCAUCAAGAACCUGCUCAACAUCAUCGACUUCGUGGCCAUCCUGCCCUUCUACCUGGAGCUGGGGCUGAGCGGCCUCUCCUCCAAGGCGGCCACGGACGUGCUGGGCUUCCUGCGCGUGGUGCGCUUCGUGCGGAUCCUGCGCAUCUUCAAGCUCACCCGCCACUUCGUGGGGCUCCGCGUGCUGGGCCACACGCUCCGCGCCAGCGUCAACGAGUUCUGCCUCCUCAUCAUCUUCCUCGCGUUGGGCGUGCUCAUCUUCGCCACCAUGAUCUACUACGCCGAGCGCAUCGGCGCCAACCCCAAAAACCCCAUGAACACCAGCCACACCCACUUCAAGAACAUCCCCAUCAGCUUCUGGUGGGCGGUGGUCACCAUGACGACCCUGGGCUACGGGGACAUGUACCCUCAGACGUGGCUGGGCAUGAUGGUGGGGGCCCUGUGCGCCCUGGCGGGGGUGCUGACCAUCGCCAUGCCCGUGCCCGUCAUCGUUAAUAAUUUUGGGAUGUACUACUCCCUGGCCAUGGCCAAACAGAAGCUUCCGAAGAAGAAGAAGAAGCACAACCCCAAACCCGACGCCCCCACCGACUCGCCCUCCUUCGCCAAGUCUGUCAGCAACUCCCCCCGCGACAGCACCCAGAGCGACACCUGCCCGCUCGCCGCUGAUGACAGCAAGCCGCGCAAUCGCUCAGACUCCAAGCAGAAUGGCGAUGCCAAUCUGGUCCUGUCGGACGAGGAGGGGUGUGCUCUGACACAGCCGCUGUCGCCAAGCGAACGCUGGUCUCUACGACGAUCCCGCGCCCACGACAAGACCAAGAAGGAGGCGUCCUGUUUUCUGCUGACCUCCGGAGACUUCUCCUGCACUGCCGACGCCCCCAUCCGCGCAGAAAGCUGCAAAGAAGCCCUCGCUGCUACCACUAACUAUGCUCAGGCAGAAGUUACCACUCUGACUUGAUGGCUAUUGGUCACAUUAUGGAAAGUGGGCGUGGCCCAGGAUGCAGGACCGGAGGGGGGCCAGGGGGUGGCUCCACCCCUUUCCCCUCAGGCUUAGAAGUACAGGCCGGACCCUUUUCUCCAAGAGGGGCCUUGUCCAAGGAAACACUCUCUGUGGUGUAUAUUCAGCUCUCCAGAAGACCUUGUUAUGUACACAUCUGUCUGUCGUAGAUGCGUCUUGCAUGUCUUGCAUGAUAUACACUGUUAUAGUAUGUACCUUUGACAGAGUAUAACAAACUCCAUUAACGUACUUAAUACUUAGGCAACAUCUAACUUGUAUCAUAGUUGAAUUAAGUCUUUUAACAUUAACGUUAACGUUGUUGUUAACAUUUCCUCAUGAGUUGAAGUUACUCUGCAAUAUUUUUUUAAUCAAUACUGCCGCCAGAAAAAUACUGCCACAUAUUUGUGAACUAUGAUGUUUCUCUUCUGUGCAAUAUCCGAUCAACUGGUGAUUCACUGUCCCGUUUUUUUUUUCUUUCUUUCUUUUUUAAUUUAAACAGCACAUAGGCGUGAUGGUGCCAUUCUAGUUCAGCCUUUCAUCCAUAAAAUGUGAUCGAUGUUGACUGUAAAACAACAGAACUGCGUGUUUGAAUAUUGCGGUGUUAAAAUUGUGACCGUGAGAUAGAUUCUGACUUCCAACCAUUGUUCCAAGUUGACUCUCACAGAAAAAAAAAAAAAAAAGAACCCAAGUGUGGCUUUGUUUGAAUUAAAACAUAACAGUAAAAACAAACGUAGGUCUGCCCUUUGUCACACCAGCAGUGCGAAGGACGGUUGGGAGGAACGCGGAGCAGACAUCGAACGCCCUACUCGCCCAUUAGCCUUCCUCCAACUAUUAUGAAGACGUGUUUUAAUUCCAUAACCUUCCAACAUAGUUACGUUGCUGGUUGAAAGGGGACCAAGCGGGAGAGCAAUCUUUCCAUUUUCUGUUUCUUCGGUAGAUUAAGAUCAUCAGGAUGGCUUGCAAGCAUAUCAGUUCUGUUCCAAUUGUGCCUAAUGUGGAGUCAAUGGGGAUUUGGUGUGAAUAAGGGUGAAUGGGGGUGUCUGUAGCAGUAAAGCAUUAGACCUCACACUGGUUUCAGAUGUAUUUUCUGAGGGUUAUAGAAGUUUUCACAUCUGACAAACACACACACACACACACACACAAAUACACAUAAACACACACACACACACACAUACAAAUACACAUAAACAUGCACACACACACACACACACAUGCAUAUACACACACACACCUCACACACACACACACACACAUACACAAAACAGAGAGAAAGUGGCAGAGUACGUGCUCAAAUGUGACUAAAGAUGUUGGCUCCAGUUUUUACGUGUAGCCUGCCAUGUUUAAAAACCUUUGUUGCCUUACAGUACAUUUAACAAACAAAUGUAGACUCACUAUAGCUUUCCUUGAGUUUGUACACCAUCCCUAUUUUAAAUAGUUUAUAUAUUUAUUUUGUAUGUAAAUGAUGAGCACAUAUCUAGUAUGUAGCACAGUAUGCGAUUACACAUAACGAACCACACAAAACCUUUUAUAACCUGAACACAAGUGCAUUAACCUUUAGCUAAGUUACAGAUAAAUAUUAAAACAAAUCCGAUACAGAGAUUAUUUUCGUAAUAUUACAGAUUUACCAACCUGCAUUACACUUUGUCAGUUUUACUGUUGUGUUUUAAUGGGAGAGAAGCAGACAGAGUGGCUGGAUGGCAGUAGGGGUUUUUUCCAAAGGUGAGCUGGAGUCACCAUACAUGUUGGCUUCCUAAAAAUGAAGUGUUUGGUACAGUAACUGGUAACUGUUUUGGAAGAACCUGUAUGAAGCUGUCAAACGUGGUGUGUCUAAGGCAAUACAGUUAAUAUCUUGUACCCUGUAGGCAUGUCUCUCUAUGCACCUCCGCAGACGUAAAAAAUAAACAAUGUUUUCCGAUGUUAA